UCAUUUUCUGCUGCUCAAUUGUAACUGAUGGAUGAUUCAGUUGUGAUGUACAUCAACCAUAUGGCAAUACACAUGCAGAAAAUAUUCAGACAAAUUGCUGCUAGUUCAUAUAUAUGAGAUGAUAUUCAUGUGCAGCGAUGCAGAAGAAUUCACCUGGCAAGAUUAGCAAACACAUCCAACCGGUUACUAAUAAAAUAUUAGGAUAUGUAGCCGUCCCCUACUUGGACUUGGACUCGGAGAUUUUGCAGGUAUAAAUAGACGGAGAGCCAGCCGCCGCAUCGGCGACGAGCUGAGCCAUGGGGCGGCCACGAGCAAGGGGGACGAGCAAGGGGAAGCAGCGGAUCGAGAUCCGCUACAUCGAGGACAGCGGCAAGCGGCAGGUGAGCUUCUCCAAGCGCCGCGCCGGCCUGUUCAAGAAGGCGUCCGAGCUCUGCCUGCUCUGCGGCGCCUCCGUCGCCGUCCUCGCCUUCUCCGGCGCCGGCAACGUCUUCGCGUUCGGCGGCCCGAGCGCCGACGCCGUUGUCCGCCACUAUUAUUAUUACGCCUCCUCACUCCGCGGUGUCAGCGGCGGCGCCCUGCCUUCUUCUUCCGCCACGGCCGCCACGCCCGGCCGCGGCUGCGAGGAGCAGGAGGCGCUAUGGCGAGCGGUGGAGCAGACCAGGGCGGAGGUGGCGGCGGAGGAGGCACGGGCUCGCGAUAUCGUGGACAAGGUCACGAAGGCCGUGGCCGGGAGGCGGUUCUGGUGGGACGCAGACGUGGAGGCGCUCGGCGAGGCGGAGCUGCCACGUUUCGGCAUGGCGCUCGAAAAGCUCAGGCGCAGCGCCCGCCUCUGCGCCAACAGGCUGCUGCUCUCAGCCAUGCCAUCACCAUUGACAUCGCCGCCGCCGCCGCCGCCGUCUUCUCUAGCGUCGACACCAUGCUUUACUACGAUGCCCCAAGCAAUGCCUUGAUUAUGGUUGAUGGCUGCAAUUUGCUCCAUUUUGUUUAGAGAGCAGCUAGCUACUCAAUGCCUUGAUUAAGAGUUUUUUCCUUAUCCUUAAUAAGCCACCAUGUGAUACUCCUCUUUUCUAUAUAAAAUUUAGUGUCUUCUAGUACCUAAGGUAUUAAAA